CCCCGGGGCAGAGGCGGUGCGUCGCGUCGCUGCAACUGCACGGGAUGGCACUAAUUUUGAAAAUGUCAUAGUUCGAAAAUGGAACGACGUGGUUACCGACCGUCGUUUGCCAGGCUUAGCUAACCUGAGUGUUGUGUUUAGGUUAAGUUUCGGUGUUUAUGAAGAUAUGUUGGAAUAGUUUGAGGCUUUUAGUAGUUACGUAUGUGAGUGCAGUGUGGCUGAACAUAACCUUGACACGUUUCCCGCGCGAAGUUGCCUCUUGUUUUCAGUUGCACUUCAGUAAAAGCGAGAGCCUUAUAAUUAACAUCAACUAUCUCCUAAUAAACUGUAUAAAUAAACCGGUAAAUAGUAGAUUUUAGCAGUUAUGUGUGACGUAGGUUUAAAUGAUAUCGUAAUUGUAAAGCAGUAGAAUGUUGCAAAAUUAUAUGGCAUAAUGACAUUUUUGUGACCUAUUCUAAGAAGAAAGCGGUGCGGUGCUGCCAAAAUGCGAAUUUACAGAGAAUACCACAUCGCUGUCAAAAUCAUCUUCAUCAUCACAAUAAAACUGACCGAUUGCGACGUCGUCACCGAAACUCCGAAUGGCAUUAUCACCGGAUUUCAAAGAGACUCGUACUCGAUAAAAGACAUACCAGAGCCAGAGAGCUUGCCAGUACUAACGGGUAACGACACUAGAUGUCGCAUCUCGGAGUAUCAAUGUACCAAUAAGAAAUGCAUACCAAUAAACCGAUUCUGCGACGGUAGUAACGACUGCGGAGAUUCUUCGGAUGAACCCAGGCACUGCACACGUUGCAACAAAACUUACUACGGGGACAUUGGCCGUACGUACGAAUUGGAGCUCCAUCGGCCGCGCGAAGAUCUUGUACCGUACGUGUGUCUCCUUACCAUCACAGCGCCUGGAGGCGUGCAUGGGGAUUUGGUUCAGGUGUUAUUCGACAGUUUCACUCUCGGUCGCUUCACAUCCUUCACAGAAGAUGGAUGUCCCGAUGGCUACAUGCAGAUCCAAGAGGCCAGUAGGCCCCAAGUCGGCGGCUCCUGGUGCGGGACCUCGUGGGGCCCGUCCAUAUACUACAGCGAAACAAAAUCCAUUACGCUCAUUAUACGCUUACUACACUUAUCGAAAGAACAGAACAAUUACAAUUUUGAUUUCCGUAUGGCGUACAAGGUGUUGAGAAGAGAAUAUGCCACAGUACGAUUUGGAGGAACGCCUCCAUCAGAACGUCCUUUUUUCAAGCUCAGGCCUAUGCCUUAUCCCGUAAACAUAUCACGGGGUGAAGAUACGAACGUCGCUAGAACGACAAAAACCGAGUAUUACCUCGGGGAUUUGAUCUCCGGAACUUAUUGCUCGCGGAUCUUCAGCGACUGCGAUCGUAAAAACUGUAGGCUACAGUCGCCUAAUUUCCCAGGCGUUUACCCCAGAAACUUGACCUGUUACUACGCCGUGCGACAACACGAAGUGCCUCAAGGAAAACACGCUUUAAUUGUGGUGAAACAGCCGAAUGGUCAGCUCGUCUCAAUUAGAAGUCAGAAGGCAUUGUACGCCGCGUCUCAACAAGAGCGCGGAAACAAUGGACGGGAGUUGAAAGUCUGGCAACAAUGCGACGAAGUGCAAGACUAUGUUACCGUAUACGACGGUUAUACGACUAGGGAUCCUGUUAUUUUGAAGUUUUGUGGCGGCGGGGUCGCCGUCCCUGAAGCGAUAUCGAGCGGACCUGAAUUAUUAGUUGAAUUCACGACAUCACCUUUUGGAACAUUCUUACAGCCAGCGACUUUGCAGUCACUACACGGAUUCCAGUUGGAAAUUGAGGUUAGAUUCGUCGAUCAACAGUCGCCGACAUAUGCUAAGAACAAAAGAGCCUGUGAGUUCUGGAUCAGAGGCACGGGAAGAGGGAUUUUGGAACACCCACAGCAUUCUCUGCCGCCGAACACAACAUGUCUUUAUCAUAUGCAGGGAAUUGACACAUCUGGGCCGUCAGGGCGGAACCUUAUAUACAGAAGGCCGUCCUUCUCCGCCCCUAGAUUCAGAGUAUGGUUCUCCGUAUUAAAAUUCUACGUAAUUAAUGCGCUUAAUCCCAAUUUGCCCGAAGACGAGUACUGCGGCAGCCAUUUAAAUAUUUGGGACGGUCCUAUGAGAAUAUCACCCGGAUGCAGCGAUAUUUUUUGUGACAAGGAGCGCUCAGUCCAAAUGUCCCGCGCCACAUCAGCUCAAUCAGUGAUUGUUGGUCGACCGCCCACAAAUGCCACGCUCAUCGCCCGCUUCUGCCGUGAGCGAGCGCCCAGGACCUGUGAGCACGCAAUUUUGAGAAGAUCCAGGACUUGCGCGCGCACAGAGAGCUUCCUGUCGAAAGGGGAUUCGCUGACGUUGGAACUGAAGUUGACGCAGGGAACAGCUUUGAAGCCAAUAUUCUUCAAAGCCCUGUACGAGUUCGUCGACCUCCACCAAGACGGCGAGCCGUGGGGGCGCGGUCCAUGUUCCAGAAGGUUUUCUUCCCGAUCCUUUCCUGAGGCACCCCCAGAUCCACCUGUCACGUUCUCUUCGCCUAGAGAUGUCUUCCUGUAUGGUCGCGGCGGCUCAAGAAAUAUAAGUUGCACCUACCGUUUCGAGGCCAAUCCAGGCGAAGUGAUUCGGCUCCGGGUGUGGGGCGUCCGCAGUGGUGGCCGUCUUUGUCGCUCGGUCCAUUCCGCGCAUUCGCCCUGGUAUCGUUGCGCAGGAGACCCGACUGCGGCUGUUAGGAUCUUUGACAGGCUGUGGAGAGAUGGCGGGCCGGGGGUGCCAAGGGAUUGCUUGUGCAGUGACAUCAACGACUACGAAUUCACAUCGACCUCGACAAUCGCCGAACUGAAAUUCGACGUAGUAAACAUGUCCGCUGUAGACGACUUCAGGUCCUUCGGUUUCGAGGCCUCGGUGGAAUUCAUCAGGCUGGAUACGGUGUGCGAGAGCUCGCAUAAGGUGAAUGGCGCUAGUGGCGAGCUGAGACUGGCGGCUAUGCACCCAGCAUCGGAAGCGGAACACUGUGAACAUCGUCCGUGGCUAAUCGACCCGUCACCAGGCCGUUACCUGUACCUGCAGAUUCAAGGAAGCAUCAUAAAAGAACCGGAGCUAGACAACUUCACUCUUCUGAACAAUAUCACAGUGGCUCCCGACUUGCGACAUUUGUGCAGGACGCAGAACAGAAUAGCGGUGUAUGCUGGUGGAUUAUCCCCUAUCUUCAUUUGUCCUCAACCCCCUGAAGAACAGUGGGAGGAGGUCGUCGAGAUUUUCUCCGAAGGCUGGUCGAAAGAGGUAGACGGUCUGGCACGUCACGUGCUAGGCCCACCGCCGUCGCCGGACCGCUUCGACCUGGACUGGCCGAGGUCUCUCUCGGUGGAGCUCAUUGCGGUAGAACACGGCUCUUACUACGUGUCCUGGCUGGAACUUUCUAGAAGACACGCCAGCGAACGUGGCGGCGUAUUCGCCUUGUCCGGCGACUGCGAGUACCGUUGCUCAUCUCUAGACGCCUGCAUAGAGCCCGCGCUGUGGUGUGACGGGAUCGCGCAGUGCCCACACGGGGAGGACGAGCGCCUGGCUCAAUGCUCCGCGCUUUUGCGAGUCCCGGCGCAUUACGCUGCGGCUAUGUUGGCGUUCGCGGUGCUGGUAGCCACCGCUGUAUUGGCUGUAGCGCGCAACUGUCGACGGCGCCGCUCUGCGCUCCAGCAGCGCCUGAAGAGCCUCUCCUCGGACACCGCCAUCUUCGACGAGAAAGAAGUGAUUUGCUGACCAAGCGAGGACUCCGUGCGAUACGUGGAAGUAGACCGCGUCACCACCGUGUGACGUGCUUCCCGCGCGGAGUCCUUAUGGCACGUUGUUCCACUUUCCAAAUCGCCAGCUCUGAGGAUGGAAAUGUACUGUUGUUGGGAAACUUUAUUCGCAUGAGGGUCAGUUAGGAACACACAUAAGCACUAAAGCUUAACGUUUCAUGUUCAGGAAUGGUUUUGCUUGUUUAAUUCCAUUAAUUGUCUUUACAGACAACGUAUUUAGAAAGAGCGCGAGAUCACCGCACCUUGCUGCAAUUUUAUUUGUUUUUGACCGCAAGUUUUCUUAAUAGGCUCCAUCGAAUAGUAUUUAAGUAUCUUUGACCUAACUUCAAUACGAUAGGAUGGAGCCUUUAUUAUUCUUAUUAAUGUCGCGAAUAAACAAGUAGCGUCUACAUGAUCUCACUUUUGCGUUGUGUUGCUUACUGGCCUUUGUGUGAGUGUGAGAUUAUGGGUAAAUCGCUAAUGCAAUAAAAGUGUUGGUUGGUAUUCUUAGAGGAUUAGACGCGAAGCGAUUAAGGUUCGAAUUGUUGAUAGGAUUAACGGUUGUGUGAAAAAGUGUUCGCAUUUUAAACACUUUUCGUACUUAUGCAGCCAAUUUAUUGGAUUAUAGACGAUCUCAAUUGAUAUUUAAUAGUAACGAUAAUGGAUAGUGUUUUUAAAAUUGAAGGGUUGAGUCCUCAAAGCUGGUUCAGAGUCGAAGUUUUUAGAAAUGUAAAUAAGAUUGGGAUUCAAAGAUGAGAAUGUUCUUAAAUUUUGGACCAAGUGCAGUCGAUCGGUGUUUGUAACUUGGUAUAAAUUAUGUAUAAAAGUUUACUGUUCAAAUCCCGUGUGAUUUUUAUUUGAACAGUUUACGUGAGAGGGAAAAAAUAAGUCAACGAAAAUUCAUGGUACAAACCAAGAAAAGUCAUUAAAUAUUUUGAACAAGUAAACAAAUCUAAGAAAGUAUGUUGAUGAAUUUCUUAUCUAUUUAUAUUUAAUACUUACAUAAACUCAAAAUCAAUUAAAUCACAUUUUUCAGUAACUACAGGUCUUUUCAAUACAACACAAAGAAAAAAUACGAGUAAAUAUGCAGUCACCACACGGGAUUGUUAUGCAAUUUAAGGCUCUUGCUAUAUUGGAAAUUCUAUAGCAUAAGUAUAGAAAAACCAAUUUAGCUAGGACCCUAAGUGGCGCAACAAUCUCGGAGCGUGAGGGUACAAGGGUAAACACAUUUAAAAUUAAGAUGUCAAACGAGGCAAAAUUAAACAGAUAACGCACAAUGUAUGAUUCUGAGUGAGUGGCCGAUCGACUCUGACACAAUUUGAGUUACGAGUUAUUGUGAUUAUUGCAACAAUUGUACAUAAAAAAUGAAUUCGUAGCAAGUAUUGUUCUCAUUCGUUAAUGUUUAGGCACAGUUACAUAACACUAUAGCAGAUACACCGCUGUCAAAUGAAAACUCAUAGCCUGCAAUGACUCAACCAAGGGGCCUUUUCUCAAAAGCUCGUAAAGCAGGCCACUGACGAGCCUUCCAAAUGGAUGCCGUUACAAUGGAUUCAUCCAAAUGGACGGCAUCCUAAUAUUAAACCUUGUACGUUUUUGACAUUCACGGACCGAUUUUGGAUUGCAGCCACGCUAUUUGGACUGUUGGAAGGCUCAUCAGUGGCCUGCUUAAUACUUUCAAAAACGUGUUUUUUCGUCUGGUGUGUCUGAUGUAGCAUUCUGUAAUAGGUUGUUUAGGAUUAAUAUGAUAUCGUUACGGCAAUAAUUUUAUUUAAAGUUGUUUGAUUGGUGCAAUCGAAAUCAUACCCUGUGUUCUGAAUAACUUAAGUAGUAUUCGUAUACGUGAUAUAAAACUGCCAUUUUUAUAUAAAAUAUUGUUCGUAUGUCGUUAUGAAUAUUAUAAAAUUUAUUUGUGACUCGUUUGUUUUUGUAAUUCUUUUUUUGAUGUCAAAUAUUGUUCUAGCGUCAUUUACUGUACCUACGAAUAUUCCAAUUAUUACCAUCUUGAAAAAUCAUUCAUAAUGUAGAAGACCUAAUAUUAUUGUAAUUCAUGAAAUAUCCUAUUGUAUUGGAAACGGUGUAAAUAUAACUAAAACUAUUCAUAUCUUAGAAAUGUAUUAAAGUUAUAUUGUUUGUUUCCCAGGGAAAUUCAUAAAUUUUACGACAUCGCGUUAACUAUUAGUGAAAUUAAUGAAAAUAUUUAGCUAACUUAUUCAACUAAAUGAUAACACUAAAACAAAAACUAAAGAAACAAUGUGAUUACUCAUUAAAAUCUAUUCAGAGCGUUAUUAUUUAGUUGAAAAUGUUAUUAGAAAUCCGAAUAAAAAUUUGAAAAUUUUAGAUAGAGAAUCAUAAAGCAAAUAUUACAAAGUUACUUACCUAUUUUAUUCAGAAAAUGAGUUUUAUAUUAAAAAUAUUUGAAACCCGCUUUGUUAUACUAUUUUCAAUUAUUUCGGUUUAGGUAUCCUAAAAAUAAGCUAGUGAAUUUAUUAAUUAAGGAAUUAUAGUGACACUGGAUUUAGAAAAUGUUUGUAUCGUCUUCCAUAAUGUAUGAAAAUUCCGGUUUGUUUUCCCUUCACCAAAACUAUAAUUUAAAAUAGAUAUCAUUUACUGAAGAAAAAUGGUUCAUGACUUCGAACGCCCAAGGCAGGAAUCGCACCCGUGUCUGCGGCAUUAUGACGUAGUUUAGCGAAAAGGGUCCAUCCUUUAAAUCUGAUAUUUAAAUAAAUGACUUUUCUUUUUGACAAAAAGUUCAAAUCGAAUUGACAGAUUUUUGUGGAUUGGUUCCUUUUCCCUAAAUCACGAUUUACCGCUAUACCACUUGGUGUUUUUUUUCAUAUAUUUUAAGUAAUACCAGGAAGUCCCUUCUUAAUGGACUACUGAUAGUUCUCAAGUUACAAGACUCCAUGGAACUGGCCCCUGAUUAUCGAUGUCUUUGUUCUAAUGGGGUUCAAAACGAAAUUGCAUAUUGCGCCCCUGAGGCUAUCUUCUACUGAAAAAUGUAAUGAUAAAAGCUAACGUGAUUUUCUCAGGUCUCAAAUGGUAAAAAAGCGCAAUAAUGAAAGCGCGAAUCCUUCUAGCUUCCAACUAGCCUAGUAACCCUGCCUAUUUAAUUUAAAUCAUCGAAUAUUGAUGCUUUGGACUCCUUUGGAGUGUUCAUUCUCAUAAUGGCAGAAUCAAUUAGCUUUUAUCACCGAAAGGGCCAUUUAAUUAUCAGUUACCCAAUUUCCUAAGUACAUGAAAUCUAAAACCUGAAAUGUUUCACACGGUCAUUAUAAUGAUAACUAUACAAAUCGACAUUAUAAUGGAAGAUAGGCCGCAUCAGGUUCAUCCUGGAUGACAAUAAUGAUGGAUAAUUAAUAGCUAAGCAGAUAUACCUAAUUUCACGUUCAAAACAUUGAUUACGAAGAGUUAAAUGAUGAUAAAUAAGAAGUUUUUGAAAUAAAUUAUUUAUUGCAUGA